AUGCCUGAUGGGGUUUUUAGUCUGAGGCAAUUGUUCAAUACUGGUGAGGAGUUUAAAGUGAAUGCUAUUCGAUACAUUCUGAAGACGAGGAGAAAUGUUGUCUUCGAUAGAUGGGAGAAGACUAAACUCGGUGCAAAGUGUAAUGAGAAUGAUUGUGGAUGGCGCAUCUAUUGUUCAGUGGAGAAUCCAAUUGGGAAAUGGAUGGUGAAAACCUAUGAUGAUGAGCAUCAGUGUCAUCCUGUUGGGAGGUGUAAGCAGAUCAAGAGUCCGGUGAUAGCUGAUCUAUUUCUUGAAGACAUCAGAAGAGAUCCUGAAAUGAGUGCUCCGAAAAUCAAAGAUGAAAUGAAGAGGAGGUACAACAUCAUCAUCUCACCUCCACAAUCACAAGUUGCUAGGAGAAUGAUCUUUGAUAAACUCCAAGCUGAAACUAACGAGCAGUUUGAACGGACAAAUAAAAACACCACCGUCCAGAUCAACACCAUCAGAAGAGAGGAUGGAGAAGAAAUGUUCUCCCAAAUCUAUAUUUGUUUUGACAGGCUAAAGAGGUCAUGGAAACAGAACUGCAGACCCAUCAUUGGCUUAGAUGGUACUUUCUUAAAACACUCUGUCCAGGGGAUGAUUCUCACAGUAAUAGGAAGGGAUCCAAAUAAUCAGAUAUAUCCCAUAGCUUGGGCAGUAGUGUCGGCUGAGAACAAUGAUAACUGUGAAUGGUUCGUUCACAUGUUGAAGCUUGACUUGGAUUUGGGUGAAGGUGAAAACAUUUUGAUUAUAUCUGAUAUGCAUAGGAGUUUGAUUCAUGGUGUUUCUAAGGAGUUGCCAAUGGCUGAGCAUCGAACAUGUGCUAGACACAUCUACGCCAAUCUGAAGAAAUUACAUAAGUCUGACACUUUGAAACCCCUCUUUUGGAGAGUUGCAUGCGAAAAGUAA